AUGGUAAGCGGCGCCAAUAUAAAGAGAACAGCCUCUGUGUCUGGCGUUGCAGAGAAUGCCGAAACCAGGGAGGGUGUGGCCCUUCGCUGUUCGGGCGUGUCCAAACGAUACGGUACCGUUCAGGCCGUUGUCGGGCUGGAACUGACAGCCGAUGCUGGCCGGAUUCUGGCGUUGCUGGGGCCCAGUGGGUGCGGAAAAACUACCACCCUGCGGCUUAUCGCUGGGUUCGAGCAGCCGGACGAGGGUGAAAUCAGCAUUGGCGGCCACGUAGUCAGCUCUCUCGUGGGCACCAUUCCACCGGAAAAGCGCCGCAUCGGUAUGGUCUUCCAGGAAGGGGCCCUCUUCCCGCACCUCACGGUUGAACAGAAUGUGGGCUACGGGCUCAGGAAGCAGCAGGACCGGGCCACGCGAAUCGCAGAGGCAUUGGAACUGGUUGGACUGUCGGAAAUGCGGCAGCGCCUGCCCCAUGAGCUGUCGGGUGGUCAGCAGCAACGUGUCGCUCUAGGCCGGGCUCUCGCCCCCAGACCCGACAUCCUCUUGCUUGACGAGCCUUUUUCCAACCUCGAUGCCAAACUCGCGGAACAGUUGCGGCGCGAUGUUGCGACAAUUCUCCGGGCCAGCGGCGUUACUGCGGUGUUUGUGACCCACGACCAGGAAGCGGCCCUCCAUGUUGGCGACGAGGUCGCCCUAAUGAAUGAAGGGCAGGUGGAACAGACGGGUUCUCCAGCCAGGGUAUUUCACUCUCCGGAAACCAAAUACGCCGCCGAAUUCCUUGGGACUGUGGACUUCCUGCCCGUGAGUGUUGCGGGCGGCGUAAUGACCAGUGAGCUGGGGAUUCUGGAGGGCAUCGAUAUUCCCUCUGUUUCCCUUGGGGGCGCUUCGACCCACCUGGAAAUCAUGAUUCGCCCCGACUGUCUCGAGUGCGCUGCUGACGAAGAUGGUACUGCCCUUGUUGUCGACCACGUGCUGCGGCGCCUUCCGCCCACAGAGGGGCUGGGUACGUCGGUGCCCUCGGUGGCGGGGAUGGUCCGCCGAAUGGCCAGGCAGCACCUUGUGGACAUUGGCAACGACAAGCGCAUUCGCCUCACCAGGCAGGGCAUGGAAGGCGGGGAGGACAUCGCCCGGCGCCACCGGCUAGCGGAAUGGAUGGUGGUCAGUCUGCUGGGCAUGGAGCUGCACCAGGCCCAUAACGAGGCCCACCGCCUGGAGCAUGGGAUGUCGCCUCAACUGAUGGAGAAGCUGGUGGAGCGGCUGGACAAUCCCAGGCGUUCACCCUACGGCAGGCCCAUUCCCGGCACGGGCGAACCGAAGAUUCCACCCAAUUCGCUGACCUUGGACACAGCGGUCAAGGGCAAUUCCUACAUCGUGGAGCGGGUGCCCGAGGAAGAUCCUCAGCUGCUCAAGUUCCUGGACGACUCGCACAUCGUCCCGGAGCGGGAGAUAAACGUGGCGGACUCCACACCCUUUCUCGGGGUUAUGGAGGUUGGCACCCAGCAGGGCCCGGUAUCGAUGAGCUACGCCGUUGCCCACCAGAUCGUGGUUCGUCCAGCGUAA